AUGUUAAAAUUCAUGAUAGAAAAUGAUAUGAUUUCUUCAUAUCCAAAUUUAUCAACAUUGUAUAAAAUAUAUUAUACUCUGCCUAUAAGUAGUGCAACUGCAGAAAGGUCAUUUAGUAGGUUGAAGCUUAUAAAAACAUACCUCCGUUCUACAAUUGCUGAGGAUAGGUUGUCUAACUUGGCUGUUUUAAGCAUAGAAAGAAAUGUUGCUGAAGAUAUGGAUUACAACAAUGUUAUUGAAACAUUUGCCAAAAUGAAGAAAAGAAGAAAAACUUUUUAG